GCCGUUACUUAUUCGUAACAUUGACGGCAAUGUAUUUUCAUAAGAAUCAAAUACUGGGUUCUGUGCUCGCCUUAACACAAGCAAGCCGCGCUUAUCCAGGUACUAGCCCAAAAUGUUCUCUCGACAACAUAACCCACCAGCUAUCCUCGAUUGGCAGCUCAUUAUCCAAUAAUGCGACAAUACUAUCGGUUACUCAUGUUCAACUAAACGGUAGUUAUGGUGAUCCCCAUUCACCUCAGGGUCUCCCGCCUUUAGUCUCGACAAGUCUUCCAGACCUUUGCGCCGUCGAGGUUAACGUAACUUCGUCCGAAUCAUCAUCCUACACAAUCUCUAUUUUCCUACCGUCUAAAUGGAACUCGAGAUUCCUCGCGACUGGCGGGGGUGGUACCGGCGGAUACGUCAAUUACCUUGAUAUGGGUGUUGGAUCGCAAUAUGGAUUUGCUACGAUGUCCACGGAUAACGGCCAUAGGGGCUCCCCUUAUGAUGUUGAAUGGGCAUACAAGAGCCCGCAAAAGCUGAUUGACUGGGGUUGGCGGGCUAUGCAUGGGUCUGUCGAGCUUUCGAAACAAUUAAUCAAAGGUUACUACGGCAAGGAUAUCCAGUACUCCUAUUACACUGGGUGUUCUACCGGUGGCCGGCAGGGUCUCAAGGAAGCCCAGGUCGGUGCCGAUAGCUUCGAUGGUAUGCUCAUCGGGGCGCCAGCUUGGUGGACAAGCCAUCAAGUGGCUUGGAAUACUAAGAUCAGCAAGGAUUAUUAUCCCGUGGACGACCCAAAAAGUAUCCCCAAUAAGUUAUUCUCGACCCUAAUAGCCCAAACUGUCGUUGAUCAAUGCGACGCAAUCGACGGUGUCAGGGAUGGUAUUAUCAGCGACCCCGAAAAUUGCCAUCCUGAUUUCAAAGUAUUGUCCUGCAAUAACACCGGUGAGAAUUCAUCUGCGUGCCUGACGUCCUUGCAGCUGGAGACUUUAGCAAAGAUCUACGAGGACUACUACAUCGGGUCAGAGUUUGUGCACCCGGGUCUUGAGCUUUCUUCUGAACCAGGGUGGUCGCAAUACUUAUUUGCCGAUACACCAACUUCCUGGGGUAUCGACUACAUCAGAUACAUCGUGUUUGAAGAUCUAAACUGGUCUCUAGAUGAGUAUAACUCGAGCGUUUACGAGCGGUUAAAGAACCUGAAAAUAUCGCACGAGAUUGAUGCAGAUCGGUUCGACAUGUCUCCUUACCGAGAUCACGGCGGAAAAAUCUUAAUGUACCACGGAUUAUCUGAUCCCUUGAUUGUUACGCGUGGCUCAUCGCACUUCUACAAGCAGGUUGAACUAGCAACUGGAGAGACAUACCCAAUUACCGACUGGUUCCGUCUUUUCUUCGUUCCGGGCAUGCUGCAUUGUUCAGGCAGUCCGCCCGGGGUUGAUGCACCGUGGCACAUCAAUGGCGCCGGUCAAAACUGGCAGACUGGUUCAGGUGCAUAUUCCGUGCCCGGAUUCCAAGAUUCCAAGCACGAUGCAUUGCUUGGGCUUAUGGAGUGGGUGGAGGGUGGAAAAGCGGUGGACCAGAUAAUUGCAACGGCGUGGCACAAUUCGACUGACCCAAGUUCUGGGGUAUGGAAACAGCGUCCUAUUUGUCCCCACCCGAAGACUGCCAAGUAUAAUGGGGUGGGCGACGUUAACAAAGCCCGAAAUUGGAAGUGUUCGUAAUAAGUCUCAGGGGACACGGCGUAACUAAGGGAAUUGGGUAUAUCUGCAAAAGUCGGCUGAGUUAAAGUCGCCUCUCUACUAUCAAUACUGGUAAGAUAUACCGUGUAUGAAUAUAAUCUCCAUUUAAUAUGUAACUUUUCGUUUAGGAUUUAACUUGCUAGAGCUGAGCUGCAGGUGACUCCUUGGUGGCGUUCUCAACAAGGGCUAGAGCGCAUCUUCCGGAACAUUCGUUUAGACUCAGCCGCACCAUGUAGACUAGAAUUUAUAACCUAGUUGCUUGGUCUCUUUGAACCAAUAUUUUAUAC